AUGUCUAGAUUAUGUGUAUUACUUAUUUUUCCUGUUCUUUUUGAUUUGACCUUUACUAUUACGUUCUAUCUACCGGUAAAUCUUAUAAAAUGUUUGCGGGAAGAGAUCCACAAAGAUGUGCUGGUCACAGGCGAAUACGAAGUUAGCGAACAACCAAAUGCGAAAACCAAUCUCAAGGUAACGCGUAAUUUAGCUAGUUAGGUCUGAGCUAGCUAGCUAGACUGUAUCAAAUCCUUGGAAUCAAAUUGCUGUUAACGUUACUAUUUGACUUGGAAGCCUCGAAUAUGUGUAUCACUUACCUACUAUCAAUACCAAUAUUUCGAUUUUUCUCUGGGCAGGUUUGCAUUAGUUGGCCACCUGACCAGGUAGCUAACGUUAUCUAGCUAACCUAUACGGUAUAUGGACCAACGACCUGUACAGUACAGCUGGCUAAUGUAACUAGCUAGCUAAAUAAAAUGAUGUCAUUUUGGUUCAACGGUAUACGGCAAAAGACGUGAAUAGCCAUCAAUAUCUAUGCAAGUAUAGUAUUAAUCAUGUAGCUACAAGCUACACUAUAUAUACAAAAGUAUGUGGACACCGCUUCAAAUUAGUAGAUUUGGCUAUUUCAGCCACACCCGUUGCUGACUGGUGUAUAAAAUCGAACACACAGCCAUGCAAUCUCCAUAGACAAACAUUGGCAGUAGAAUGGCUUUACUGAAGAGCUCAGUGACUUUCAACGUGGCACCGUCAUAGGAUGCCGCCUUUCCAACAAGUCAGUUUGUCAAAUUUCUGCCCUGCUUGAGCAGCCCCAGUCAACGGUAAGUGCUGUUAUUGUAAAGUGGAAACGUCUAGGAGCAACAACGGCUCAGCCGCGAAGUGGUAGGCCACCCAAGCUCACAGAACAGGACCACCGAGUGCUGAAGCACGUAAAAAUCGUCUGUCCUUGGUUGCAUCAUUCACUACCGAGUUCCAAACAGCACAAGAACUGUUAGUCGGGAGCUUCAUGAAAUGGGUUUCCAUGGCUGAGCAGCCGCACACAAGUCUAAUCUCACCAUGCGCAAUGCCAAGCGUCGGCUGGAGUGGUGUAAAGCUCGCUGUCAUUGGACUCUGGAGCAGUGGAAACGUGUUCUCUGGAGUGAUGAAUCACCAUCUGGCAGUACAACUGACAAAUCUAGGUUUGGCGGAUGCCAGGAGAACGCCACCUUCCCAAAUACAUUGUGCCAACUGUAAAGUUUGGUGGAUGAGGAAUAAUGGUCUGGGGCUGUUUUUCAUGGUUUGUGCUAGGCCCCUUAGUUCCAGUGAAGGGAAAUCUUAAUGCUACAGCAUACAAUGACAUUCUAGACAAUUCUGUGUUUCCAACUUUGUGGCAACAGAAGGCUCUUUCCUGUUUCGGCAUGACAAUGCCCCCGUGUACAAAGCAAGGUCCAUACAGAAAUGGUUGGUCGAGAUCGGUGUGGAAGAACUUGACUGGCCUGCACAGAGCCCUGACCUCAACUCCAUCGACUGCGAGCCAGGCCUAAUCGCCCAACAUCAGUGCCCGACCUCACUAAUGCUCUUGUGGCUGAAUGGAAGCAAGUCCCUGCAGCAAUGUUCCAACAUUUAGUGGAAAGCCUUCCCAUAAAAGUGGAGGCUGUUUAUAGCAGCAAAAGGGGGACCAACUCCAUAUUAAUGCCCAUGAUUUUGGAAUGAGAUGUUCGACGAGCAGGUGUCCACAUACUUUUGGUCAUGUAGUGUAUGUUAUAAAGAUUAACACAAGUAGCUAGCUAGUUGAUUUUGAUUAAUGCAUGUGUAGUGUAUCUGGGUCAAAAAAAGUACCAACCAUAUGUUUAAUUAUUUUCCAUUUCAGAUUACAGAUUCAUCAGGUCACAUCUUGUACUCCAAGGAGGAUGCUUCAAAGGGGAAGUUUGCCUUUACAACAGAGGACUAUGAUAUGUUUGAGGUUUGCUUCGAAAGCAAAUCCCCCCUAGGUGAGUGUUUAACCAUGUCACAUAUGUAUUCUAACAUAGCAAUGGGCCUGGGUCGUUUAAGUGUAAAGCCAGCAGGGUUCGACCUUAAGGCUUGUCCGCCUUGUCCGGGGCAAGUAAAAAAAAGUCAGACAACCAGAAUAAAAAUAUAAGUGCAACAAUUUCAAAGAUUUUACUGAGUUACAGUUCAUAAGGAAAUCAGUCAAUUGAAAUAAAUUCAUUAGGCCCUAAUCUAUGGAUUUCACAUUACUGCGAAUACAGAUACGCAUCUGCUGAUCGCAGAUACCUUUAAAAAACAGUAUGGGCAUGGAUCAGAAAACCAGUCCAUAUCUGGUGUGACCACCAUUUGCCUCAUGCAGCGCAACAUCUCCUUCGCAUAGAAUUGAUCAAGCUGUUGAUUGUAGCCUGUGGAAUGUUGGCCUACUCGUCUUCAAUGGCUGUGCGAAGUUGCUGGAUAUUGGCGGGAACUGGAACACGCUGUCGUACACGUCGAUCCAAAUCAUCCCAAACAUGCUCAAUGGGUGACAUGUCUGGUGAGUAUGCAGGCCUUGGAGGAACUGGGACAUUUUCAGCUUCCAGGAAUUCUGUACAGAUCCUUGCGACAUGGGGCCAUGCAUUAUCAUGCUGAAACAUGAGGUGAUGGCGACGGAUGAAAGGCACGACAAUGGGCCUCAGGAUCUCUUCACGGUAUCUCUGUGCAUUCAAAUUACCAUCAAUAAAAUGCAAUUGUUUUCGUUGUCCAUAGCUUAUGCCUGCCCAUACGAUAACCCCACCAUGGGGCACUCUGUUCACCACGUUGACAUCAGCAAACCGUUCGCCCACACAACGCCAUACACAUGGUCUGCAGUUGUGAGGCCAGUUGGAUGUACUGCCAAAUUCUCUAAAACGAUGUUGGAGGCAGCUUAUGGUGGAGAAAGUCACAUUAAAUUAUCUGGCAACAGCUCGUGGACAUUUCUGCAGUCAGCAUGCCAAUUGCACACUACCUCAAAACUUGAGACAUCUGUGGCGUUGUGACGAAACUGCACAUUUUAGAGUGGCCUUUUAUUGUCCCCAGCAUAAGGUCCACCUGUGUAAUGACUGUGCUGUUUAAUCGGCUUCUUGAUAUGCCACACCUGUCAGGUGGAUGGAUUAUCUUGGCAAAGGAGAAAUGCUCACUAACAGGGAUGUAAACAAAUGUGUGCACAAUUUGAGAGAAAUUAGCUUUGUGCGUAUGGAACAUUUCUGGGAUAUUUUAUUUCAGCUCAUGGAACAUGGGAUCAACACUUUACAUAUUGCGUUUUAUAUUUUUGUUCAUUGUAGAUUUCAGUUGUCCGAAGGGACAAGUAAAAAAUCACAAUAUCAAACAAUUACUCAGAUCAGAAUUGAAUUAGGCAGCGCACAGCAGGGCAGUACAUUGUUGACAUUGAGUAAAUUGCCUAUAUCCCGAUCGGGUUCAGGUCCUGUCUGGGCCACUGAGACUUGUCCCGAAACCACUCCUGCGUUGUCUUGGCUGUGUGCGUAGGGUCGUUGUCCUGUUGGAAGGUGAAUCUUCGCACCAGUCUGAGGUCCUGAGCACUCUUCGUCAAGGAUCUCGCUGUACUUUGCUUCGUUCAUCUUUCCCUCGAUCCUGACUAGUCUCCCAGUCCCUGCCACUGAAAACAUCCCCACAGCAUGAUGCUGCUACCACCAUGCUUCACCAUAGGGAUGGUGCCAGAUUUCCUCCAGACGUGACGCUUGGCAUUCAGGCCUAAGAGUUCAAUCUUGGUUUCAUCAGACCAGAGAAUCUUGUUUCUCAUGGUCUGAGAGUCCUUUAGGUGCCUUUUGGCAAACUCCAAGUGGGCUGUCAUGUGCCUUUUACUGAGAAGUGACUUCUGUCUGGCCACUCUACCAUAAAGGCCUGAUUGGUGGAGUGCUGCAGAGAUGGUUGUCCUUCUGGAAGGUUCUCCCAUCUCCACAGAGGAACUCUGGAGCUCUGUCAGAGUGACCAUCAGGUUCUUGGUCACCUCCCUGACCAAGGCCCUUCUCCCCUGAUUGCUCAGUUUGGCCAGGCGGCCACCUCUAGGAAGAGUGUUGGUGGUUCCAAACUUCUUCCAUUUAAGAAUGAUGGAGGCCACUGUGUUCUUGGGGACCUUCAAUGCUGCAGAAAUAUUUUGGUACCCUUGUGCCUCGACACAAUCCUGUCUCGGAGCUCUACGGACAUUUCCUUCGACCUCAUGGCUUGGUUUUUGCUCUGACAUGCACUGUCAACUGUGGGACCUUUUUAUAUAGACAGGUGUGUGCCUUUCCAAAUCAUGUCCAAUCAAAUUGAUUUACCACAGGUGGACUCCAAUCAAGUUGUAAAAACAUCAAGGAUGAUCAAUGGAAACGGGAUGCACCUGAGCUCAAUUGAGUCUCAUAGCAAAGGGUCUGAAUACUUAUGUAAGGUAUUUCUGUGUUUUAUUUUUAAUAAAUUAGCAAAAAUGUAUAACCUGUUUUUGAUUUGACAGAGCUCCAGAGUUCCUCUGUGGAGAUGGGAGAAGCUUCCAGAAGGACAACCAUCUCUGCAGCACUCCACCAAUCAGGCCUUUAUGGUACCUCAGUAAAAGGCAUAUGACAGCCCGCUUGGAGUUUGCCAAAAGUCACCUAAAGACUCUCAGACCAUGAGAAACAAGAUUCUCUGGCCUGAUGAAACCAAGAUUGAACUCUUUGGCCUGAAUGCCAAGCGUCACGUCUGGAGGAAACCUGGCACCAUCCCUACGAUGAAGCAUGGUGGUGGCAGCAUCAUGCUGUGGGGAUGUUUUUCAGCAGCAGGCACUGGGAGACUAGUCAGGAUAGAGGGAAAGAUGAACGGCGCAACAUACAGAGAUCCUUGAUGAAAACCUGCUCCAGAGCGCUCAGGACCUCAGACUGGGGCUAAGGUUCCCCUUCCAACAGGACAACGACCCUAAGCACACAGCCAAGACAACGCAGGAGUGGUUUCGGGACAAGUCUCUAAAUGUCCUUGAGUGGCCCAGCCAGAGCCUGGACUUGAACCCAAUUGAACAUCUCUGGAGAGACCUGGAAAUAGCUGUGCAGCGACGCUCCCCAUCCAACCUGACAGAGCUUGAGAGGAUCUGCAGAGAAGAAUGGGAGAAACUCCCCAAAUACAGGUGUGCCAAGCUUGUAGCGUCGUACCCAAGAAGACUCAAGGCUGUAAUCGCUGCCAAAGGUGCUUCAACAAAGUACUGAGUAAAGGGUCUGAAUACUUAUGUAAAUGUGAUAUCAGUUUUUUCAUUUUUAAUAAAUGUUAACAUUUUGAAAAACCUGUUUUUGCUUUGUUAUUAUGGGGUAUUGUGUGUAGAUUUAAUCAAUUUUAGAAUAAGGCUGUAACGUAACUGUGGAAAAAGUCAAGGGGUCUGAAUACUUUCCUAAUGCACUGUAUUUUUUGUCAGUUCUGGGCCAAUAGCCAAAGUGUAUUUUAAUAGGGGACACUCCGGUGUCUUAUUGUUAUAGAAGCCCACAUUUAAUAUUUUCUCUCCAUUUUAUAUGAAUAUGACUUGGCCUAUUAAGCCACACUUUCAGUUUAAUGCAUGGUAGAUUUCUCUCCUGUGCGCUAUUUCAUGAUCAAACAAUGAAUGAAUCCAACAGACGUCUAGUCUGUUUUUGUUUUUUUAAAUAAACCAAAAACAUGGGAGGCCUAAGGUAAUAGUGAGAGAGAGAAAAACAAUAGCAAGAUAUGAGAAAUUUGAGCAAACCUUAGUUGAGCAAAGCAUUAUAAGACAGGAAUGAUGCAUGUAUGCAAGGCUGGGGAAAAAAAUCCCUCCUUACCAUUGCGAACCAAACAUCCAAAAGCCUAAUCCUACCAACUGAAAUAUCAUAAAAGUAUUAAGACAAAUUAAAGUUCUGAAGAGUAUUUUCCAAACUAUUCCAAUAAAGUGUUUCAUGUCCUAAAGUUGCAGCUUUUAAAAUGGAAUAAUUAUGAAAGUCAGAGUCUGCUAUUCUCAUUCAGAUUUAUUUUUUAUGACAAAUAUUUGAAAUUGAGCAGACAAUACCAAGAUGGAAAAAUCGAAUGAGUAAAAACAAUUUUUUAGGCAACAGCUGAGGAAAGUUUAUGAAAGAAAUGAGGCGUUGUUGGCCUAGGCCUAUUUCCUUAUUAUUCUAGCAAUGUGCAACCUACAUACAAUGCAUAUAGUAGCCUAGGCCAAUAAGAGAGGAGGAUGAGGCAAAAAGCAAAUCAGUUUAUAAUGAUCCAGUUCUGAGGACCAGUGGCGUAGGCACAAAUCCAUUGAUGGCAGGGCCAGCAAAAAUGUCGCUGUGGCAAAAUUUGGCCACUCAUCAUUAAAUUAUCAUAAAAGCAUAGCUUACCGUAUACCUUACUGUAAUCGAUCACACACAAACCAUCUAACGUUAUUUUACAUUAUAGACUAAAUAGAGUGCAUUCGGAAAGUAUUCAGACCCCUUCUCUUUUUCUACAUUUUGUUACGUUACAGCCUUAUUCUAAAAUGGAUUACAUGCAUUUUUUCCUCAUCAAUCUACACACUACCCCAUAAUGUCAAAGCGAAAACAGGUUGACAUUUUUGCAAAUAUAUUGAAAAUAAAAAACAGAUACCUUAUUUACAUGAAUGCACUGUAGUCUUGUAGGCCUGUGUAAAUCCAUUUAACAUGCAACUCACAUAGACCUACACAUAAAACCAUAGGCCUAUAAUUAAGACAGACUAGAACAUAAUGCCCUGAUAUAACAGUAAUAAUCACAAUAGGCAUCGAUAGCCUAUAUAUACUAGAACAGUGGUCACCAACCUUUUCUUAGUCGAGAUCGCUUAGAGUCAAAAUGCAAGCAGAGUGCAAUUAUCAGCUGGGCGUGGGAGAUCAAGUGCGCCUACAAUGUAUUGUGUGAUAUCAAUUACACAUUUUCAAUAGCCUAUAGCAGUGGUUUCCAAACUGUGGGGUGGGGUGGGGGGCGCGAGGGUCCCAUAUAUUUCAAAACUAGAGUCUCAAGCUAGGCUAAAUGCUAACACUUGUAAUAAGUCAAUUGUUGUAGCCUAUUACUUGCAAGGCACAUCGGAGCAUAAAUGUAAAUAACUUUUUAUUUAUUUUAUUUCACUGGACUGAUGGUAAUGUGUCAGCGGCGGGAGGUAGCGCGUGCGAGUCGAAUUGGAGAAGCAUUUCAUGAUUUCUAAAAGUGUUGAAUAAUAACAGCGUUGUAGUGCUGAUCAUUGUCUCUGAAUGUACUGAAACGGUCUUUAAGGCCCUCGAUUAGAUCAAUGCGAUCAGUAGGGAGGACUGGAAGCCCUUCAUGGGGAAAUCACUGAUAUCAAAUAACGUGGCAAAUGCUCCAACAUCCUCUUCUAUACAUGGUCUCUUGAAAAAAAUUUGAACCGUGAGCUUAGUUUGGCCAUUUUACUUGAGCCUUAGCUAGCUAACAGUAGGUAGCCUACACAGCGAUAGCUACUGUUUACUGCACAUGGUAUCAGUGCGAAGUGACGUGCCAGAACCCGCCCAUUAUUAAAAAUGGAUAAGCUGAAUUUAAAAGAAUUAACUAUUCAUUUUUAUAGUUUUCCCCCCCAGUAAAUAAUCAAGCAUAAUUCAUUACAUAGGCCUAAAUACAAUUGAUUUUAUGUACAGCACUCGAUUUUAUGUAAGACGUCCUUGAGUGUCCUGAAAGGCAUCUGCCAAAUAAAAUGUAUUAUUAAUAUCAAUAUAUGUCCCUUUAGUUUUCCCACCCCCUCCCUACUGGUUGCGUAUGCAUGUUUAGGCCAGUGCUUGACUUGGACUGAAAUAGGUCCCGGUACUCAUUUUGGGUCCCGGUACCAUUUUAUAUUUAGGUGCAGGAACUCCUUUAUUCUUUUGAGCUAAUAUUGUAUAGGAGGUGCAGGAACUCCAGCAGUAGAACAUUUGAGGUGCAUAUACUCAAUUCCGGUGAGCUCUUGCCCAAGUAAAGUAGGCUACUGUGUUUAGGUAAAAAGACAAUGUCCAGUUUGGAACAAGUGCUCAAUCUGAUUGCGCUAUGCCUACCAAUGCCUACACCCCUGCUGAGGACCGCAGAGUUGUUCUGCAGCCCAUGAUGAUUUACAACCAAUCACAAGACACACAGCCAGCUAGGUUCGUUGACUGUCACUUUCUCCAUCUGCACGCUUAGGCACACACAGAUAGGCCUAGGCCACUGCACGUCCUGCGUGCCACAGCGCCACCAGAGUGGAAUAGGAUAUUCAAAAAGAUUUGGCUCCACUAAGUAUCUUUUGUCAAUGUCAUGAUUUCUCUCGUCCAUCCCGUAGCUUGCGAACCAAAUGCGUAGCAGUCUUUUUUAUUUUAUUUGGAUGGAUGGGGGAGAGACAAGUGACUUCAGCUUUCGGACAAGGAAAAGUGGCUAAAAAAAGUUCAUGUCAAGCCCUGCUUUAAGGGUUAGAGUAUAUACGAUUAAGCCAAAUGUGCAGGCUGGGCAGGAUUUGGAAGCAGGGAAUAGUCAUUUCCUGGAAUGUUUUGCCCCUGUACAAUAAGUCUUUUCAUUCUGGGCUCUAGGUACUGGGAGGGUCCCAGACCAGCUGGUCAAUUUAGACAUGAAGCAUGGUGUGGAGGCAAAGAAUUACGAAGAGGUAAGUACCAACUGCCCAUCAGCCUUUCUCCAGGUGCAUCUGGAUCAGAUUUGGUGUGGCUUGCCAUGAGUCAACAUGAAGGGGGAACAUUUUUUAUAAUGUCAAUGAUGGUUAAGGUUUCGUCCUCUUUAAAAUCUAAGUCCUCUAAAGUGAACUCUGGGGUAAAAAGGCCCUUGCCUUUGAAUGAGGACUCAACUCUUUAGCCAGUUUACUUCACCUAUUUUGUGGUCCGAGUCCUCUUUGCAUUCACAUUGCUAUGUUUAGAAAGGAACCAAUACCUUUUUCCAACAUUUACUAAAAUGCACUGGGUUUUUACAAAGUGCAGGACAAGCCAUUCCAUCAGAAUGUGUUAUUGGACAGCUAGAUACACCUACUCACAUGUUGGAAGCUAAUAGUUAAAAGAUAAUUAUAAUCAGAAGAUAAUAUUAACAUGUAAGUAUUAUUGGUAACAGAAUAAAUAGCAGAACUGCAGUUGAAAUAAUGCUGUUAUUGCAUUGAUUCACCAAAUAUGUUGUCUUCUCACAUUAUUCAAGCCCCACUUUUGAAUAAACAAUUUAUGAAGCUCUUAGCCUAUAGAUCACGUAUUGCAAACAAAUAAUCUGAACAUCGUGUCAGUAUAAAACUCCACACACAUUUUGUAAUGUCUGUGCAUCCUUGACAAUUUCUAAUCAAUAUCCAAAAACAGCACGUUUUUUUCCACGAACCUGCACAUCAUCGUCUCUCUUUUGUGGCACCAAUGUGAGGGGUUAUGGCAGGGGAAACGGUGUUGCAGUAGUCUAGUCUGUGGUCCGGGAAUAAUGACAAGCGAACUUGGGGAGCUUUGUGUUCACAUUGCCUUAAAAAAGGGAACCGGACCCCGGAAUCCAAGCGAACCGAACCAGACCACCUCUCGAGAUGGUCUCAGUUCAGUUCGCUUCGUGGGCUCUUGAGGGGUCCUAGUUCCUUUUGGAGUGUUCACACUGAGAUAACAAAAAUUGUCUGAAAGGGACCAAGUGUGAAAACACCCUAAGACUAACUUUCUCUCAACUACAUUUCUGAAAGCAUUGUAGCUGCUAUACAUUAUGAAGACUGACACAUGCUGCAGAAAAUCCUCACACAUCUUUAUCCACUCAAUAAUACAAGUGUUAUUCACUUACAUUUUCACGCCAUUUCCUACAAUAUUAAAUGUGACUAAGGACAUCCAGUGGUCAAUCAGGGCUUUAUUCUGUAUGGUGCGAGAGAAUACUUUGUGACACAGUAUGCUCAACUUUAUAAUUCUUGUGCUCUUUUCAGAUUUCAAAAGUUGAGAAGCUGAAGCCCCUAGAAGUUGAACUAAGACGCCUCGAGGACUUGUCGGAGUCCAUUGUGAAUGACUUUGCCUACAUGAAGAAGCGUGAAGAGGAAAUGAGUGACACAAAUGGUAAGUGCUAUAUGAAAGAAAGUGCAAAGCAACAUAAUUGGCUACUUGUGGUCCAUGUUUUCACUCAACCAGAACAUUUUCAGUGUCUUUCAUAUGUUUCUCAAUCUUUUUUUCCUGGUCUUGUGAAAGGAGUAAAACCUUGGUUUAAAUAAACGGACACAUGUUACUGGGUUAAAUAGAUUUUCCCUCACAUUGCAGAAUCCACCAACAUGCGCGUCCUGUACUUCAGUAUCUUCUCUAUGUGCUGUCUUAUUGGGCUGGCAACGUGGCAGGUCUUCUACCUGCGGCGUUUCUUCAAGGCGAAGAAACUGAUUGAGUAA